AAAUUUUCUACGGCAUCAUAGUCUUCAAAAUUUUCAUUUUAACUCGUAGCACCGCAACUUGUCUUGUGUGAACUGAACUCUUCCUUGAUCUGAAGUUCCAAACUGAAACAACAAAAACAUAAAAAUGAUUACUCACACUCUCUUCUCUGCUAAUAAUCCUCUUCCUACUUCACCAUUCUUCCACUCUAAAGUUGAAAAGCAAUGGCUUCUUCAGAGCUUUGCUUUGAAAGCAAAGCCAAUUCAGUUGAGAGUUUCAAAUGGCUGCAGAGUAAGAUCAUGUUUGGGUUCUGAUAAAUCAAUCGAAAUCCCUCACCAAUGGUACAAUCUAAUUGCGGAUCUUCCGGUUAAGCCUCCUCCCCCGUUGCAUCCCAAGACUUAUGAACCAAUCAAACCGGAAGACUUGUCACCUCUUUUUCCAGAUGAACUAAUCAAACAGGAAGUUACCGGUGACAGAUUCAUCGAUAUACCGGAUGAAGUCCGCGAUAUCUACAGCCUUUGGCGCCCUACGCCUCUUAUCAGAGCUAAGAGGCUGGAGAAGCUUCUAGAAACACCUGCUAGGAUUUACUACAAGUAUGAAGGCGUAAGCCCGGCCGGAUCGCACAAACCGAACUCUGCUGUUCCACAAGCCUGGUAUAAUGUGCAAGAAGGUGUCAAGAAUGUUGUGACAGAAACUGGUGCUGGACAAUGGGGAAGUGCAUUAGCCUUCGCUUGCAGUCUAUUUGGCCUUGGCUGUGAGGUGUGGCAAGUGCGCGCAUCUUACGAUCAAAAACCAUACCGGAGACUGAUGAUGCAAACAUGGGGAGCAAAGGUACACCCAUCUCCAUCAAUGAUCACUGAGGCAGGUCAAAGCAUGCUUCAAAAGGAUCCAUCAAGCCCAGGGAGUUUAGGCAUAGCCAUAUCAGAAGCCGUGGAAGUUGCAGCGAAAAAUGCUGAUACAAAGUAUUGUUUAGGGAGUGUUCUGAAUCAUGUUCUGCUCCACCAGAGUGUUAUAGGAGAAGAGUGCCUUAAACAAAUGGAAGCCAUUGGAGAAACCCCUGACAUCAUCAUAGGGUGUACCGGCGGCGGAUCCAACUUCGCAGGACUUAGUUUUCCAUUCAUUCGCGAGAAGCUUAACAAGAAGAUCAACCCUGUCAUUAGAGCAGUUGAGCCUGCAGCAUGUCCUUCAUUGACAAAAGGAGUGUAUACUUAUGAUUAUGGUGAUACGGUGGGGAUGACUCCGUUGAUGAAAAUGCACACACUUGGACACAACUUUGUUCCUGAUCCAAUUCAUGCUGGGGGCUUGCGCUACCAUGGGAUGGCACCAUUGAUCUCACAUGUUUAUGAGUUGGGAUUAAUGGAAGCAAUUUCAAUUCCACAAAUUGAGUGCUUUCAAGGUGCUAUACAAUUUGCAAGGAGUGAAGGGUUGAUACCAGCACCUGAACCAACUCAUGCCAUAGCUGCAACCAUUAGGGAAGCCCUUCAUUGCAAAGUGACCGGUGAAGCAAAGGUUAUUCUGACAGCAAUGUGUGGACAUGGGCAUUUCGAUCUUCCAGCUUAUGAGAAGUACUUGCAGGGUAACAUGGUUGAUCUCUCAUUCUCAGAGGAAAAGAUGAAGGCUUCAUUGGCCAAUGUUCCUCAUAUCACAGCUUAAGAGGCAGUACCAACAGCGAUUAACUAUUUGGAAGCUUUGAUAGUUGAGAGAAGAUACAAGUACACACAGAUAAAUAAUUCAUGUUUGUUGAGUCUGCAGCGGAAUUUUGACUUCUAAUAGCUACAAAAUAAUAUGAAAUUGAAUACUAGUCACAAUAAUGCACUCGCUAUAUAAUUACUAAA